UAACGUUGACGGUUUACCUAGCAGGUACCAGCUACCACAGGAGCACCACUAACGCUCUUGUUCAGUGUCAUCCUUCCGCGCCCGUCUCCAGCGCCGCUGAUCGACGAAGCCAACAAGAAACCAUGACUUCCUAUCUUUACGGGGGAGGAGGAAGACGGCUUUUGCUGUUCCCGAUGGCGGCGGCGGUGGCUGCGCUAGUUGGGGCAGCGCCGUCGCCGGCGUCAGCGUGCUACACGCGCGUGUUCAGCUUCGGCGACUCGUUGGCGGACACGGGCAACUACCACUUCGUCUACAGCGACGACGACUCCGACCCCGUGCUCCGGCUCCCCUACGGCGAGACCUUCUUCCACCGCGCCUCCGGCCGCUUCACCGACGGCCGCAUCGUCCUCGACUUCAUCGCUGAUGCUCUGGGGCUUCCGUUCGUGCCGCCCUACCUGAGCGGGCGCCGCGCCGAGGACUUCUUGCACGGUGCCAACUUCGCGGUGGGUCGCGCCACGGCGCUCGCCCCGGACUUCUUCCGGGACAGGGGUUUUGACAUCGGCGACGUGGUGCACCUCGACAUGGAGCUGGAGUGGUUCCGGGACAUGCUCGGCCUCCUCUGCCCCGCCGAUGGCCUCUCACUCUCAGGUUGCUCGGACGUGAUGAACCAAUCCCUUUUCAUAGUUGGAGAAAUUGGAGGCAAUGACUACAACCUACCCCUUCUGGAAAGAGUUGCAUUUGAGGAUGUUGUCACUUUCGCUCCAGCUGUUAUCGCCAAAGUCUCUUCAUCUAUCACAGAGUUGAUCAGGCUAGGAGCCAAGACUCUGGUGGUUCCAGGGAAUCUCCCGAUUGGAUGCAUCCCAAUGUAUCUGUUGGCAUUCCAGAGUGACGAGAAUGAAGAUUACGAGCCAGGGACAGGUUGCAUUAAAUGGCUGAACGAGUUUGCACGGUAUCAUAACAAGCUUCUCAUUCAGGAAUUGGAGAAGUUGCGAAAGCUGCAUCCUCGUGUGACCAUCAUCUAUGCUGAUUACUAUGGAGCCGCUACAGAGGUUUUUGCUUCGCCGCAACAAUACGGAAUCGAAUAUCCCUUGAUGGCUUGCUGUGGUGGAGGAGGACGCUAUGGUGUGUCCUCAGGUGUAAGAUGUGGACGUGGAGAAUACAAAUUAUGUGAAAACCCAGAGAUGCAUGGAUCAUGGGAUGGCAUGCAUCCUUCAGAAACUGUAUACAAGGCGAUUGCGAUGAGCCUUCUACGAGGCUCUCGUACACAGCCACCGAUUGCUACCACCGCCAGUUCAUGCAUACAACUAAGUGAGACUAGAAUAUCUUUUGAAGACAAGUCCCUUUGAGACGUAAUUUUUAGACUACAUUGUAUUCUUAUAUAAUAUAAAAGAAGUAUGGUUAAAGAUCAAAUGUUUACCUCCUCACUGAUAAAACGGUGUGAGGAGUGUGCCACUUCUUUGAAAGCAAUUUGACACGCACGCUCGGGGAUCCUGAAAUUGGUAAUUUCCCUUGAAUGCUACUCUUUAAAAUU